AUGCCGUCCGGUGAAGAACCAGCUCCUCGCGGUGCGUCUCACUCGGACCGAUUUGCGUGUUGCGUUACUCUGGAGGACAUCGGCGUGUCUCUUGCUAGUUCUUCAACCUCACCCUCAUGCGUUGAGACCUCGUGCUGGGAUGAAAUGCGGGUUGUUUUUACCAGAAAUGGUGUGACACAGCGCACGCGUUGGCUUUCACCUGUCUUAGCGAUGCGCCAUUCUCGUAGCCAGGACGACAAUAAAUCUGGUCUUGAAGCAGAAGCGUCCAGCGUGACGCCUGGAGUCACGAAGGCGCAUUGGUCACCCAUUAACGCAGCUGCCUUUACGGUACACUUUAAGCAGAUGGACAAAGAGAUCGAUCACUCACUCGACCCUGGAUACGAGCGGCCUGUGUACUCGCACAACCUGAAGUACCUUGACUCGUACAAUAUGGAUAACGUCGACCGCAACCGCGUAAAGGUUUGUCGUAAAACAAUUCACCCAUUCUUGUUUAGUGUUGAAUGUCGUAACUUUAGAAAAAAGGCUUCUUCUACUGGCGCCGAGGGGGGAGAUCGACACCCUACCAGUGCGAGUGUGGAGGCAGUGUCUGCAUACUAUGCGAGAGGUGCGUCUAUGGUGUCUACAAUAAUGAAGAAGGCUGCUGUGAAACUCGGUACUGUUUCUGCAGACGGGUUUAAUAAACAUGCGAAGGGGCAAGAGCCCCACCAGAACGCCCACAAGGGAGCGAAUCACAGCAGCAGCAGCAGCAGCAGCAUUAACAACAACAGCGGUAAAGCACCAUCUGCUCUUUACGUUUGCGACGGACACGGCGUGGACCCCAGUGAGGCGUACAACGCCCCUGGAGGAAGACAGCGAAUCUCGUUGCAACUCUAUCCUGCAAGUUGUGAACAACCGGAAACUGAAGCGGGUGUUCCACUCGUGCUUCACCUCACCAUAGUGGCUCACUUCACGGAGCCCGCUCUACCUGCACUGAGGGACUUUCAUUCCAUGUCUGUUUUGCUCGACCAGGUUGUCCUGGAUGUCACGAACGCACAGCAAGGGCCAACACCAACGAAUGCCACGGUUUCGAGAAAAGCCGAGGCCUAUGGGUUUGGUUUCACAUCCAAUAUUUCCUACAGUAAAGAACUUCGCUGUCGUUCACCUCUCGUUGCACCACCACCCAUCCGUGAGGGCGAGGAAGGGGGACUGCGUCUGAUUGAUUUCACCUCGCUGCAUCCGUCACAGAAUGAGCGUGAGCUGACGGCGUCGGAUUUUGAGAAAAACCCGACGUCCGCCUGCAUUGUAUCCUCCAUGUGCAAAAUAGCGAAUCCAAAGCGGAUUGGAAAUCGAGUCGUUUUGGUGUCGCGUUUUAAAACCUCGCAUGAUGGGCUUUGUAAGCCUUCCUACAAGUGCCAGCUGGUGAUGGCGCUGCUUCGCCGCUACAAUACAGGCGAGGUGGAGGAGGAGCGCUGCGAGUAUCCCGUGGAUCUGGCCUCCAUCCUUAAUCAGGAGUUUUACCCUGACAAAGUCAGACACAUGGUCUUCUCACAGGGCGAAUAUAUGAGUUUCAGGCUACGACGGCGCUGUUUUGCUGAACCCGAGCGGUACCGAAGUGAGUUACUUAUGCCAUACGAUUACGACAACCGUGGCGUUGAAAUCAGUGGGCUUGGCGAGGGUAAAGGCGCUGCCUUGCUUGCCCUGGGGGCUGCAUCUAAGGCCGACCUCCGGGAUGCCACCGAACGCGGCACUGAGAAGAGUGAUGGUGGAAGUGCCGUCGUAGCACAGGAACAAGGGGAAGGGAAGGUGCCGACCCCACGUUUGACAGAUAAUGUUCUAACUUCAUACAAUAAUUAUGAGAAUCAUAGUUACCAGCCGCCUUUGAAACCGGAUUCACAGGCGGAUGUCGACACUGAGGCACGUAUGCCACAACCGGAGACACACAAAGAAGCUGUGCGUACUCCUCACGGCAGGGAAACCUCUGACCUCUCCAUGACACAAAAAGAAGAAAGUAAUCCAUUCGAAGCCGCUGCAGAUGCAUCCAAGGUCUCAUUAGUGUUCAAGUCUAUGGGGUCCAAGGAUGUAAACACGGGAAGUGAACCAACCAACCCGUUUGGUAACAUAGCCAGCCAAAGUGCAUUUGAUGAUCGUGUCUCUAAUAAGCAGAAGGUAGCAAAUAGCUUGCCUGUAGUUUCGUUCGCACCGUCCGUAGUCGAAGAAGAUGCUAAUGAUGUAGUUGCCUUGUCAUCGCAGAUGGGCAUGUACACUUUCGGAUCAGAGAAUACCCGAAAACUGGAGUAA